ACUUUAGGCAGUUUUCUUCCUCAGUGACACCAGCAUUUAUCAGUUAAAGUUGUGCAAGCCAAACUUUGCCAAUUUGGAAUAGCUAAGUGGCCGCAGGAGGCCAGUGAGUGAAAGUCCAGGAGAGUUGACCCUUUGUCUGCCUUUUUGAGCCUGAAUCAAAGCCCUUUCAUGGCGAUGUAAUACCUGGUAUAUCUGACAUCUCAAUACUGUGAGUUCUGGCCCAUAAAGAGAUCCCCUUACAGGAUCCUUGUGAAACCACUUGUACCUGGAUGUGCAGCUCUUCAUCUUUUUGCGUGGAAGUUUGUGGAGGUGCCCAGGUGGCUUCUUUCCUGCUGUAAUGCUCUGAGUAGCUUCCCAAGAACUUUUAAGUUUACUUAAUAAAAAAAACAAAACCAAAAACCAAAAAAAAAAGUGACUUUAUGGGGGCCUGUGUCACAUGAACUGGAAGCUGUUCUGUAAAGGAGGUUGUGUUGGUCUAAGAUUGGUGAAGUACUUCCUUCUCCCUUUUUGAUGAGGGGAACACCUUACCGUGAAACCAUGGGGCAGAAGAUGGGGAAUUCUAGUUUCAUCUUUGAUUUUUUUUUUCCGCCAGAUGUGAGAUCCAAGUUCUAUUGGAAAUAAUCUAGAGUCAGGAGAGGGCAAUGGCAUCAGGGUGGAAUCUGACAUGAACUGAGCACUGGCAGUGAGUCCUGUAUUGUGCUCUGCUCAGCAGUGGGUGCAAAUAUAGGACUGCACACGUUUGAGGCCUCCUAGUUGGGGAUUUAUAUCUAAUGUGUCAAUGAGAAAUUUUAAAAUACAAUGAGGGCAUAUACAAUAAGAACUAUAGGAAUUGAGGGGGCCAUGAGAGUAUCAAAAAGGGGUGUGGUCUACCAUGGGGUACUGAUAUGAAGAAAAGGGGGUGUCUCCUCAAAUGAUCAUUUCCAUAAAGGUCCAGCAUUUUGUCAGUAGGACUCACUAUCCUUCACACCUGUAGAAACUGAGGCAGAAUAGAGGAGUAGGCAGAUCUAGCAGUCUGUAAUAGCUGUAAAGCCAAGUUUACCUUGCUGACAUUUCAGCGCUCUACAAGCUAAGCAAAAGAAUUGAAGGGAGAAGACCAUGUAUCCUGCAGCCACGAUAGAUGCUAAUUGUGUUAAAUUUACUGUUAGGAACUCAGUGAGUCUUUACAUCAGUGUUUUAAAAAUGCGUGUGUGUGUAAUUUCCCAACUUACAGUAACAUUAAAGAAGUUGGUAAGCAUUUAAAGGAUAUGUUCCUGCUCAGUGUCCUUAUGUUCCUCUUCCUGCUGUAGGCACUGACAGGCCGCUCAUGUAGGGGUGACCUCUCUGGAGGUCAUUCUCCCUUGAGGGUGUCACUGCCAUACAGCGCUAAGAUCCGUGAUGGCCCAGAUUUACCAGGACAAAAAAAUACACAUUAUCUAUAUAGUUCACUCAAAAAGAGAAGUCUGUUUACAUUUAAUUUUGCCAUAGAAAUAGUUAAGAUAGUUUGUGGGCCUUAGAGAAAUAUGUCCUAUCUUGGAAAAUUUUAUGCUACCUUAUUCCUUAACUCUCCUAGAUAAAUGAAGUGUCAAUAUGAAAAGAUAGCUGUCAAAAAAGACAAUUUGGUAAGAGUUGCUGGAAUGGGGUCUCUCCUCUGCCACUUACCAAAUAACUUAGGGUAAGUGUUGAGCUGCUUGUUAUUUGGUCUGUAAAGUGGGGAUACUCACUGCCUGGAGGGUGCUUGUGAGGCAUAACUAAGAGCAAGUGAGAAGUGCCUGCCAGCACAGAAAUACUCCAUGAUACUUCCGUUACUACUGCAAAGUCCAAGUUUCACGAAAACGAAAUGUUUGAUUUUGGUGUGUUUACAAAAAAAGUGAUCCUUUGACCAAAGCCAUUUGAGACAAUUUUCCCCUAGUUGAGUUCCUGAGUUUUGUUUUUUUCCCUGCCUUUCCACUUCCUGAUGGUUCCUGCCCUUUGGUCAGUGUGGCUCAAGUGCUUCUCACAGAAAUGACCCUUAUCUCUAGCUCAUGGCACUGGGCUCGUCAGCUUUCUCCCAGGGACUGGGAUCUGCGCGGUGUGGGCACUGUUACCUCAGUCCUCACAACAGCCCUGUGAGGUAUGGUCGUUAGGAAAACACAGAGGACGAAGGUAAUAAGGAGAAAGGCUCACAGAAACCAAAGAAUCAGUUAUGCCCUUCUCAUUUUUCCUGAGUUUUCAAUCCCCAGUGAUCCUGAUGAUUCCAAAGUUCCUAAGGUCAGGUUUCCCCAAAGGGUUUGGUCAGUGGAAUAAGGCAGGUCACCUCACUACUCCCUCCUGGCAAGAGCUCUGUGGGAGUUCUCCAUCUUCCCUGCCAUGGUCGCUCCCCUCCCAGGAGCCAGGUAUCACCACUCGAGCUUCAGAGUAGGGAAGAGGGGAGGUGAAGUGCUGUGCACGGGUUGCACAGGAAGGAAAUCUCUUCAGAGAGCCCAGAGUUGGCAGAGGAAAUGAGCCCCGCACUGGGAAGCAAGGGCACUGCCUUUGAGUUCCUUUUUUUUUUUAUAAUAAUUUUUUUAUUAUGUUAGUCACCAUACAUUACAUCCCUAGUUUUUGAUGUAAAGUUCCAUGAUUCAUUACUUGCGUAUAUCACCCAGUGCACCAUGUAAUACGUGCCCUCCUUAAUACCUACCACCAGCCUAUCCCAUUCCCCCACCCCCCUCCCCUCCGUUUUCUGGCAGUAUGUGGCUGAGUUAGCGAGCCAGCCUGGGCAACCCACUUCCUCAGAGGGAAAUGCUUGGUUUCUUUAUCUGGGAAGGGAGGUGGUUGAAAUAGGUGAUCUGAAGUCCCUUCUGGUAAUGCAUAUGACUCUUAGCACCCAGUGUCAGUUCUACCCACAAGACAUGUUGUUGGUCCUGGCACCACUUGGAAGCAGAUCGGAAUGAAUCUUCUAGCAUCUUGUUAAAAAGCCUUUUUGAGGGUAGUGAUUUUGGGGCUUCCUGUUUUGUGGGUAGAACUCUGGGAUGUUUCCAUUUAUCUCAAGGGGUUUCAUUUAAUUCCUGAAAAAAUUUUAGAAUGAAAUUUGUUUUUGUUUAAUUUCGUUUUAGUUUGCUGAAAUAUAAACCUAGUUCACUUUCUUUGUCAGGUCUGAUGCCUCAGUGAUGAGUGCUGGUUUCUGUCUGGUCCGAUACUAACCAGCAUGUAAUCCUAGCUCAUUCUAUUCAGUCUUUCCUCAAGGGAGAGAAUUAAGAUUCUAAAUUUGUUUGUGAAAUAUUUUUACUAUUAAACCCUGAGUAUGUUCCCACAGCCUGUAGGAGGUUAUUAGCCUCUGCUGAGAUCUACCAUUCUGAUAAUCAUUUUCCCAGCAGGUACUUUUGGUGGCAAACUAAGCCUUCCUACCUUUAAGUACCAACAUUUAACCUUGGCAUAGAAAGGUUGGCUCAUGCCAUCUUACAUAUGUGUGCUGCUAUUCUAUUAAUUUAAGUGGAUGGAGUCCUGAGUGAGAGGUAUAAUAAAGUGGAUAAAAUCUCCAAAAACAUAGCCUAAAGUUGGAGAUGAACCAUGUGCAUAGUUCUACUUUUUAAAAAUGUUACUAUGACUAAUAAAACAUAAUGGACAAAAUAUGAACAUUAUUAAAGUUAUAGACGUGUUUCACUAAAUUACUGAUUUAUAUCCCCACACAUAUGUAUGAGGGAUGCCCUUUGUCCAACAUCCUUGCUGACAUUAGAUAUGUUGCUUACCCCCACCCACACCUUUUUUAAAUUGCCAAAUUUACUCUGGUUAGGAUUUGGUUAAUUUUUAAGAUCUCAAACUAUGUACUUCCCAUAUAAUACCUUCCGUAGUACUUGCAAUUCAGACUUAACGGAAUUGCUUUAAAAAUUCUAUCAUUACAAACAGCAAGUGCAGAGAAGGCAACUUCCCACCGCUAGCUAUAUAAUCUUCGAGAACUGGAGAUGAAAAGUCAGUAGAGCAAGACAUUGUAAGAGCUGUCACUGAAACCAUCUGGCCUGCUCUUGUUUCCAUUUAUCUUGUUGGCACCCAGAUAAAUGUGUGUAAACCAAUGUGCAAAGGCUAAAAAGGGUUAAGAAUAAAACAAGUAAAAGGCUGGUUAUAUUUCUCCUCAUCUUCAGAGAACAGGCAGAGUCACUCAGGUGUCCUGACUCUAGUCCAGACAUUACUUAGAAGAUGCUGCUCAUUCUUCAGGGCUGAUCCUUUGACUUGGUUCUCCUUUCCACCGUGUCCUGGGCAUCUGUGUUGUAAACUUUUCUCCAGCCUGCAUCUGCACUACCUCUCUGUUCUUGGGGUCAGAAGCCCUGUUUUGGAUUGCAAACUCUGUUAUUUGAAAACUGCAUGGCUUUGGACAGUUGCCAUGCACUUUUUAGGUCUCAAUUUCUUAACUUGCGAAACGGAGAGAUUUAUCAUCUUUUCCUCGUGCAAUUGUGAGAGGCAAAUAAAAUCAAGUCUAUGAAAAUGCUUUGUGAGCUGUAGGGCUUUCCCUACCAUGUAAAGCUAUUAAUAUUAGAAUCACUUUCCUUCCUUGACAGCACUUUGUUAAAGAGAAAAAUGGCCCUGGAAGAGUUGGAGAGAAGAGCCCAUUUAUUUGAAGAUGGAUACUAGAGGGAGUUAAGAGGCCUCUGUCCAAGCCUGGCUCCUCCCCCAGAGGUAGUCUUUGGGAAAGCCAUCCAACCUCCAUCAUCAGCUGAGGGGGUUGAACCAGAUUACCCCCAAAGACCUGUGCAGCUCCAGACAUCUGUGAUGGAGGCCAACAGCAAAAGUAAAGAGCACAGGCAUAUACAGGGUGACACACACACAGGAAGAAUUUACUACGCAAAGCAGGCAACCAGAGCAAAAUGACAAUGACUGUCCUGCGCAACACGGCCAUGGUCAAGUCCCUGCUGCUGGUGGUGCUGGGGCUCACCCUCCUGAGGGAGGUGGCAGCUCGGAAAAACCCAAAAGCAGGGGAUGCUGCCCUGUGCCCUCCUCUGGAGGAUAAUAGUGUGAGGGUUGACAUCCGUAUCCUCAGGCAAAACCAGGGUAUUCCCAUCUCAAAUGAUUUCCAGAACCGCUCCAGCUCCCCCUGGGAUUACAACAUCACCCGGGACCCCCACCGGUUCCCCUCGGAGAUUGCGGAGGCCCAGUGCAGGUACUCGGGCUGCAUCAAUGCUGAGGGGCAGGAAGACAGCUCCAUGAAUUCGGUACCCAUCCAGCAGGAGUUCCUGGUCCUGCGGAGGGAACCCCAGGGCUGCUCUCGCUCCUUCCGGCUGGAGAAAGUGCUGGUGACAGUGGGCUGCACCUGUGUCACUCCUAUUGUCCGCUAUGUGCACGCCUGAACGUCAGCUUGGCUGAAGAAACCCCGAAAUGCCACUCCUUCCCCAGCGCUCUGCAGCAAGUCCUCUGUGGUCCCACUUCUCUCCACUUCAUCGGCCUCUUGAUAAGACCUGUCCGGAAUUCUCAAAGCUCUGUAUUAGAUAUAGUGUCAACUUUCUGGUGCUUCCGAAUCAUAACCUAGUCCUGAGCUGUUCCACUGCCCCUAACCCCUUGAAAAUGGAUGGAUGCGAAGGAAGGCAUGGCUGGCCCGCUUGUUUGUGUGCAGUGACGACCACUUUCUAGCCCUGCCGUCACUGUGAUUCGGUGCCAUUCCCGGGGAAUUCUGUUGGUAGAUUCUCUUCCAUGUGGAUGAAAAUGUAGAAAAUGUAACCACAAUAUGAGCGUGUGGGAGGUGCUGGGCAGGGUGGGGUGGGGUGGCAAGGAUGGGGAUAAGAAUCUAGUACACAUGUUUAUUAAGAUUUGCUAAAUAGAGACGUUGGCCUGAUGCUCCUAUUUGUAAGGAAACUGUCCAUCUAUUUAUGAUG